AGUCGUUCUCAGUGAGGAGAACACACCGAGGAAGCCAGGGGAAUACAGUUUGCCAGAAUAUAAAAGGAUUACCGGAAUGCAUCGAUCUGUGUUGCUGCUCCUUAUGUCGGCCAUUGUGCUAAGUGGGGCAUUUAAUUGCCGAACUUGGGAGCAUAUCACCUCUGAUAUAAUCGGGGACUCUGAAUAUAAUCACCUAUCACCUAUUAUCAGCAAGCGAGCUGCAAAGGACACUAGUAGCAGCAUCUCUGAGGAGCUCACGGAUAGUGUUAAUGAGGAGGUACACGAUGGUAUGAACAGCUCAAUGGAAUCCUCUUCGGGGGAGGAACAGAAACUGAUUGUGGACUCCCAGGAACCCGUGGAGCCCGCUGUCAGAAGGCGCAGGUCGGCUGUGAGGUACAGGAACUUAUAUCUCCUGGCCACUAUUUGCCCAGAUGCUGACUUUAGCGAGCUGGAAAAUGGAAGUACCAUAAGUUCUAGAAUUGAAAUAUCUCAUAUGUACGCGAUUUGUAACGACUUACCUAAAAAAAAUCCCACUUCUAAAUAGAGACAAAAAAAUUCCAAAGUUCCUAUGAAAUUUCUUUCCCCCAGUCAUGUCACCCCUGGCCUAUUAGUCAUCUGCUACGUUAUCAGUAACACCAUUCUUAUCACGACGUUCCUAAAUUUAUGAUGUACUAAUGAGAACUAAAAAUGAAGUUUACAUUCUGGAAAUGAUUUGUAAAACUCUGUUAGCCAUUAAGAAAUUUACAUAUUUACAAAUAAAUAGCAACAAGAUAAAA